UGACAAGUUACGCAAAUAGGAUUGCUACAAAAACCAGAGAGCGAGCAUAAGGCCGCAGUAGCUCUCAAUCUCUCUAUCAUCAAAGAGAGAGAGCUAUGGCCGUUGCCUUCUCUCCCGCCUUGUCUCUCCGCCUAAGACCUCAAACUGCCUUUCGUUUCUUCGCGUCCCUCCUCCCCACCACCAAAACUGUAUCUUCCCAUCCUCGCUUCCGCUUCUCCCCCGCGCAGCAUUUCUCUUCUCUGCCUCGUCGGAGAUGCUUAUGCACUCUCAUCUCUGCCGCCGGAGAGGAUAUUAAGCCGCCGGAAAAUGUCGACGCCGGUGGUAAAGUAGGGCCAUUUCGUAAGCGGUUGAAAAUUGCUGAUAUUAAAGGCGGUCCUGAUGAGGGUUUGGACCGAUUAGGCCAUAGUUUGGUUGUUAGAGGCUGGGUUCGGACCAUUCGGAUGCAGAGUAGCGUCACUUUUAUCGAGUUGAAUGAUGGGUCUUGUCUCUCAAAUAUGCAAUGUGUGGUGAGCUCGGAUGCUGAAGGUUAUGAUCAGGUGGAAGCUGGCUGCAUUUCCACAGGAGCAUCAAUCGUGGUUCAUGGCAUCAUAGUUGGAAGCCCUGGAUCAAAACAGAAAGUUGAGUUGAAAGCUGACAAGAUUGUGAUGGUUGGUGAAAGCGAUUCUUCAUUUCCCAUACAAAAGAAAAGGGUCAGCAGAGAGUUUUUGAGAACUAAAGCUCAUCUUCGCCCUAGAACCAAUACUUUUGGAGCGGUUGCAAGGGUGAGGAAUGCUUUAGCCUACGCUACACAUAAAUUCUUUCAAGAAAAUGGGUUCGUUUGGGUCUCAAGUCCCAUUAUCACUGCUUCAGAUUGUGAAGGUGCUGGUGAACAAUUUUGUGUGACUACUUUGAUUCCCACCUCUCAAGAAGCUUUGGAUUCUUCUGCAGGUACAAUCCCAACAACAGACGAGGGCUUGAUUGACUGGUCGCAGGAUUUCUUUGGGAAGCCAGCAUUCUUGACUGUCUCAGGCCAACUUAAUGCUGAAACAUAUGCUACUGCUCUUUCUGAUGUAUAUACAUUUGGCCCAACUUUUCGAGCUGAAAAUUCAAAUACUUCUAGACAUUUAGCUGAAUUUUGGAUGAUUGAACCAGAACUUGCAUUUGCUGAUCUCAAUGAUGACAUGGCUUGCGCUACUGCUUACCUCCAGUAUGUAGUGAGGUACAUUCUUGAAAAUUGCAAGGAAGAUAUGGAAUUUUUCAACACGUGGAUUGAGAAGGGCAUCAUCAAUCGACUGAAUGAUGUGGCUGUGAAAGAUUUUGUGCAGCUGACUUAUACUGAUGCAGUUAAUAGUCUUCUAAAAGCUAAUAAGAAAUUUGAAUUCCCGGUGAAGUGGGGUUUUGAUCUGCAGAGUGAGCAUGAGAGAUAUAUCACUGAAGAGGUCUUCAGUGGUUGUCCUGUAAUCAUUAGAGACUAUCCCAAGGAAAUUAAGGCAUUCUAUAUGAGGCAAAAUGACGACGGGAAGACCGUAGCUGCAAUGGAUUUGUUGGUUCCGAGGGUUGGUGAGCUUAUUGGUGGCAGCCAAAGAGAAGAACGCCUGGAAAUCCUUGAAGCUCGUUUAGAUGAAUUAAAGCUUAGCAAGGAAAGCUAUUGGUGGUACCUUGACUUACGUCGUUAUGGAUCAGUUCCUCAUGCUGGUUUUGGACUGGGUUUUGAGAGGCUGGUUCAAUUCGCAACUGGAAUGGAUAACAUCAGAGAUGCAAUGCCGUUCCCUCGGACACCAGGCUCAGCUGAAUUUUGACAUUCAACUAGCGAACCCCAUCUUUCCGUUUCAAAUGUCCAAUAUUUUUUAUUUUUUUCUUUUUUUCAUUUUUUCCGAGGCCAAAAUGUUGCCUAGGCACUCUAGAUUUGAGAUGGUGUAACAAUGCAGUUUGGAGUCGGGGGACGCCACAAUGUUUUCCUCAACAGUCAAUACACAUGAAAUAGGUUAUGUACAAGAGUACAAUACUCUUUAGGACCUGUUUGCUUCAUACGAAGUAUACGUUGUUGAUAGUAAAACCGUGUAUAUGGUUAAAAUAAGAAGGUUGUGAAUGCCUAUCUUGCAUAAUUUAUGAAGUUCUAACUUUUUCA